AUGUUUCGCGCGCAACAAAAUGCCUUUGACGAGGUCGUCGCUAAGGCGACCGACGAGAACCUUACCUCGGAAAAUUGGGAAUACAUUAUGGAUGUUUGCGACAAAGUAACUGGUGAAGAUAGUGGUGCUAAAGAUGCCGUUGCGAGCAUGAUAAAGAGGUUGGCGCAUCGAAAUGCCAACGUACAAUUAUAUACUUUAGAGGUUGGUCAUCGCCUUGCCAAUGCUUUGAGUCAAAAUUGCGGAGCGAAAAUGCACAGAGAGUUGGCUUCGAGAGCAUUCACGGAUGCACUAUUGAGACUGGCGAACGAUAGAAACACACAUCAACAAGUCAAGGCAAAGAUUCUGGAGCGAAUGGCGGAAUGGGCAGGAAUGUUUAAAGACCCUGAUUUGGGAAUUAUGAAUGAUCAGUACCACCGCUUGAAGAGCCAGAAUCCCAACUUACAUCCGCCUUCCGCCCCAUCAAAGAAUCGACUCACGGAUUUGGAUCGUCAGAAGGAAGAAGAUGAAUUGCAGAUGGCAUUAAAAUUAUCCAUUCAAGACAAAAGCAGUCAGCCAAAAGCUGCACAGCCAUCCAAUUCAUCCGCAGGUCCGGCACAAUCGCAACAAGCUGCACAGCCACAACAAGUAUCAUCUGGGACCACCGCGGCUACUGUCUCAAGAGUGAGAGCACUUCACAAUUUCCAACCUACAGAUGCAGAUGAGUUACAAUUUCGAAAGGGCGAUAUCAUUACAGUCGUAGGAUCAGUAUACAAGGAUUGGUGGAGGGGCUCCCUACGAGGAAAGACUGGUAUUUUCCCAUUGAAUUAUGUCGAGAAAUUGGUCGAUCCCACACCAGAAGAACUACAACGAGAAGCGCAAAUGGAGGCCGAGGUUUUUGCGGAAAUCAAGAAUGUCGAGAAGCUACUUACAUUAUUGAGUACUUCAUCAUCUCAAUUAGAUGCCCGUGAUAAUGAGGAAAUUACAAAACUUUACCAUUCUACUCUUGCAAUUAGGCCGAAGCUUAUUGAGCUUAUUGGAAAGUACUCACAGAGGAAAGACGAUUUCACACAACUCAAUGAGAGAUUCAUUAAAUCAUGUCGUGAUUAUGAAAGCUUACUUGAUGCCUCUAUGACACAGGCACAACCUUAUCAGUAUGGUCGACCUGGGCAAGUCCCUCAAGGUCCACAAGGUUAUGGGUACCCUCCUCAAGCCGCAAGACCACAACAAGAGCCACAGCGAUAUUAUACACCAUCUCAGUCAGAACCACCAUAUCAGCCGCAACCAUCUCCAUCUAACGGUUAUCCUCCUCAACGUAAUGGACCGGCCCCUUUUUACGUUGUAGCUCCAGGUCAACAACCUCCACAAGCAGAGAGUCAUCAACCAUAUCCCGGCCAGCAACCUCCACAAGCAGAGAGUCAUCAACCAUAUCCCGGCCAACAGCCGCCACAAUCGGAGAGCUAUCAACCAUAUCCCGGCCAGCAACCUCCACAAGCAGAGAGUCAUCAACCAUAUCCCAGCCAACAGCCUCCACAAUCGGAGAGCUAUCUACCAUAUCCCGGCCAGCAACCUCCACAAGCAGAAAGUCAACAGCCAUACCCCCAAAGAGAUCCUACCCCUCGCAUUCCAUCAGGCUCGCAACCACCUCCACUUGAAACUAGCAGUCCUCCUCCAACUCAAUAUCCAACCCAGCAACCACAAACUGGUCACCGUCCCCAAAGUACAUAUUCAAACCCACAAGAACUUGCAACUUCUGUCUAUGAUUCUCCAGUUCAACAACAAAAUCCUCAUCCAUAUACUGCAUACGCCGAAACAGACCCAUAUACAGCCACACCAGCCCCUUCUCAACCUCCUCAACAAUAUAAUGCCUACAAACCUCCUCAACAACCAUCGCAACCUCCUCAGCCAUCUUAUGAACCACCAGCGCCCCCGGGUUCAUUGCCCAGCCCAGUUCAAGGAAGCUCACAUCCGGUGUUAGGGGAUGCGAGAUCGACGUUGCCUAGCCAGGGGCAAUAUAAAGCGUACCAAAGACCGGAUAGUAGUGAUAGCAAUCAGGGACCGAGUCAGGGGUUAGCUAAUGCGCCUAGUGCGCCUAGUGCGCCGCCUGGGGGUGCAUCCAAUCCGGCGGAUUUUUGUAGGCAAAAUGCUGCUUAUUAG